AGCCAAUUACAAAUUGCCCCCCACAUUGUAACAUAAACCCAUUCGAUUCGAAGAAAGAGCAAAAUACAAAAAUGGCGAGCGAGGAAGAGAGCGCCGUGAAGGAGCCGUUGGAUCUGAUAAGGCUCAGCCUCGACGAGCGCAUCUACGUCAAGCUUCGCUCCGACCGUGAGCUCCGCGGUAAACUCCAUGCUUAUGAUCAGCACUUAAAUAUGAUUCUUGGUGAUGUUGAAGAAAUUGUUACUUCUGUAGAAAUUGACGAUGAAACUUAUGAAGAGAUUGUUCGGGUAUGUAGCUCAAAUUCUGUUGUCUUUAUCACUAUGUCUAUGUAUAACAAAAAAAUUUGUAAAUCAAUUUAACUCGGAGUGUUGUUUUUCUAGAGGACUAAAUUGCAUAAAUAACCAAAUGAUCUGUAACUUUGGAAU